AUGUCUCGCAUUGCUAGGCGCAUGCUGCGUGAGCCCUGGGCUCCCCCCCAUCCGACCUGGCCAGCAUGGCUGAGGGGGGGCCCUGUGCCAGCCCUGGCCGCCUACCUGUCACACGCCCUGCACAGUGCGGCCCCCAGCGGCGCGGCGAGUCCGGCUGCGUCCCCUGACCUGGCUGGAUCAUCCACCGCCGGCCGCCUCGGGUCCCGAGGGGCAGGCUCCGGCCCGGAGUCCGCCGGCCCUGUCCAUGCACGCGCUGGCUCUGGCCCUCGGCCAUCCAGCCCAGGCCCCGCGCCCACUGGCGUAAGACCUGGGACCGUCAGUUACUCCAGGGCCCAGCCCCUGCGUGCCGUGGACGUCAUCAGGGGGUCGCUGCGACGCGUCGCGCAGUCUGCAGGCAGCCCUCCACGUGCCAAUGCAAGGGGCGGCGCCCGUGGUCCUGAGCAGGGGCCGCGCCGCCCUGCCCCAACACAGUCGAGCACAGAGCGGGUGACCUACGAGCGCAUCCGGGCGCUGGCCCAGGCCGGGGAUGUGGCCGGAUGCCUGGGCCUGCUGGACCGACCGGGUGCCAGGACCUGUGACUUCAACGCCGCGCUGCGCUGGCUGUCCCCAAGGAAAGCGCGGACGGUGCUGGGUGCCAUGCAGGCCAGGGGAGUGCCGACGGACAGCAACACGGCACGGUCCAUGAUAAACAUCCUGCGUGGCUCCAGGCCGGAGCUGGAUGCGGCCAUGCACCGGCUGGUGGACCUGCGGGAUAGGGGGGCCCUUCCCCACAACUUCGUGGUGCCCUACUUCUACUGGGCCUCGGUGCAUGCCGACGCCGGGGACGUGGAGGGCGUGCUGCGUGUGAUGUGGGCGCUGCAGUCGGGCCGGCACCCGGCCCCCAUGCAGAGCCAGUACGUGACGCUGCUGGUCAAGGCCUACGGAUACUCGGGCAGGCAUGUGACCCCAGGGGGGGUGGACGAGGCCUGGAAGCUGGUGCUGGAGCUGGAGGCAGCAGGACAGCUGGGCAACGAGCACCUCCUCCGCGCGCUGGUGGUGUGCUUCGGGCGCAACAACGCGCGCGGCUACCUCACCUCGCUCCUGGCGCGCCUGGAGGCGCUGCGCCUGGCCCCCCCCCAGCCCUUUACAACGCGGCCAUCGACGCGUUCGCCGAACGCCGCGCUGGCCUACGCGGCGGCGGUGCACGGUGAUGCGGAGUGCGACUACAGCCUCUUCUUCCAGACCACCCUGCUGCGCGUGAUGGCGGGCGGGGGGCGGGUGCGGGAGGCUCAGCGCAUCUUCCGCGACCUGCGCGCCGGCGGCGCGGCCGACGACGUCGCCUACAUGACCUUCAUCGACGGCAUGCUGGACGCGUGGGAGGGGGGGGCGCGCGCAGACGAGGAGCUGUUGGACCAGGCCCUGGAGGCGUUCGAGGGUUUGGCGGAGGCCAGCCCUCGCCUGCUGGAGCCCCGGCCGGAGGUGGGCGGGGCGUGGGUCCUGGACCUACACUCCCACAGCGCCUGGACGGCGCAGCUGACUGCGCUGCGCAUGCUGCGCUCCUUCUCGGCCCGAGCCUCGCCCCCGACCCUCAAGGUCAUCACCGGCCGCGGCCGGCGCUCCAACUUCCGGGGCGGCGGCGGGGAGGGCAGGGGGCCGGUCAAGGCUGGGUCCAGCCUGCGGGAUGCGGUGCUGAGGUGCCUGGAGGGUCUGGUGGACGUCCACCAGUCCGUCCAGAACGGCGGCGUCCUCUUCGUGCUGGGCCGGGAGAUCGAGCGGCUGGCGCGGAGGGGGGCGCUGGCGUCGCCGGACACCGUGGCGCGCUGGCUGGUGACCCCACGCCGCGUCGAGGCGGCGGAGGAAGCCGAGGACCCGGGGGAUAGGCUGGGGAGGAAGGAGGCAGCGGCGCAGGUGCUGCAGGGCAUUCCGGCCCCCUGA